AUCCCCGGAGCAGGGAGAAAUAAUGGCAACUACUUUUGCGCAUGCGUUCAAGGCCGGGAGGUCGGGUAGUGACGUUUUAACUGACUUAUCUAGGCGUAACGAGAAAGAUGAUCGAGGCGCGCUUGCGCGGUACCUUCAAUCAGAUGACUUUGAUGAAUUUACAUGCAACAACGAUGAUGCCAUUCUCAGAAGUAUUGCUGAAGAUAUUCAACAUCGUUUGCCUCUUGGAGCAGUGCUCAACUCAGAGCAUAAUGCUCUUCAAAAACUUCAUGAACAGACAGUCCCCACCAUUCAUGUUGAUGCUUUCCUUUAUGAUGAUGACUGUAUUGAUUCUUUAUGUCAAGAAGGAAAGAUGAGCAGAAAUUAUUGUCUAACAUGUGGCUCUUAUCAGACAGCACCAUUAGAAUUCAUUUCUCAUUCCUUUUCCCUCAUGGAACUGAAGUUCCUGUACCAGAAAGUACUGCCUGACCUGACAGGGAAGGUUCUGGUUGAUGUGGGCUCCAGGCUUGGAGCAGUCCUGUUUGGGGCCUACUAUUAUAGUUCAGCAUCCCAAAUCUACGGAGUUGAAAUGAAUGGAGACUUUUGCCAGUUGCAGGAAGCUAUCAUUUCAAAAUAUCAACUUGAUGACAGAAUAAAGGUGAUUAAUGCAGAUAUUUGUACUCAAGCUUCACUUCUUCAAAAUGCAGACAUUGUUGUAAUGAAUAAUGUCUUUGAAUAUUUCCUUGACAGAUCGGAACAGGCUAGAGCAUGGACAAUCGUAAGUCAAAAUAUAAGAAAGCCAGGGUCUUUGUUAGUAACUGUCCCAAACCUUGAAAAGUCUGUCUCAGAGCUUCAGGUGGACAUUCAGUUCAGCCAGUGGGUAGAAGCAGUACCAGUGCAAUAUGAUGAAUUCUUAGAAGAUGCUGAUAGAGAAGCACUUGAACAAAUUUACCUGUACAGAAUUCUGUAGCAUACAAAAUAUGUACAUUUGCAUCAAGUGCUUUUUAAAUAAAGAACAUUUUAAAGAAAGAUAUAAUGUUGCAGUUUGUUGAACUUUAUGUGUCAAGAUCUGCCUUUGAAAAUAAUACGGAAAAUCAGAGAUGCAUUUCUGGUUAAAUAAACAUGAAGGCAUUAAAAAAAGAAUCUCUCUGGUUUAUUUCUAGUGAGGAUUGCUAGUUAAAGAACUGGAAAUGCUUCAUUUGCCAUAAUUUACAACAUAUUGUUCCUUCUCUGGACUAGUUUUUUAUAUUUUUUCUUGGCAUUUAAACAUGUGGUACAUAGCUCAUACAAUUGUUCCAGGACUUAUUUCUUGGCUACAUGAGAUACAUGUUUUCUCUAGGGCGUGCCUCUUUGAUUAAUUUCUUAACUUGGAGGAAGAGAUGACAGUACUUUAAAACUGCAAAUUAUUGGUGGUUACUUAAAUUAUUUUGAUGGCACUGUGUAUAUGUCCUCUUCUUAGAAGGAGGGGGGCUAAGAGGAAUCCAUUUAUGUGCAAUACAACAAUAAAUACUGUCCAUAGAAAAAUAAA